CACUGCACGUGUUUUUCGGUACCACUAAAAUUCACUGCAACGAGAUGGUUGACAUGGAAAUGACGAUGUCGAAACCAGUUGUAAAAUAUUCUUCUGCCGUCUCGAAUUAUCGUUAUGUCCUGCUCAUGAUUGACCCGGAUGCUCCUUUUCCGUGCGCGCCCCCUGGUGUUACAAUCAGCGAUCACAUACAUUAUGCAGCUGUCGUUAGAGCUAUAAACCAAAUACUAUUGCCGGUUGAUAUUCUAAUUGAUUACCACAGUCCGCACCCGAGUAUAGGCAUACACCGGUAUCAGAUCUACCUAUUCGACUGGUCUCCGGGCAGACAACUCGUCAUGCAUAACGACCCCGACAACCGUACACUAUUCAACAUGGACGUCUUCAGAAGCGACAACAAUCUCAACGGACCAAUCACAGCCUUCCAGUUUCGAGUCAUGCGCAGUUGAUUUGAUAGGCGUCCGGAAGAGGUUAGGGUGGCUGAUACUAGGCGGAAGUGGAAGCAAGGAAAUGACAUCAGUUAUCCUCGGAACAGACUCAAUAUCACUAUGUAAAGAAGUAAUUAUUCGUAACCAUGUUUGAAACA